AAUCCAGCCGGUUGCUUCCCCCUUCCAAUGCAGCAGGGGGCAGCGUUCCUUUCCAAUGCAGCAGGGGGCAGCAAAGCCUCCGAUGAGUGAAAACAGCAGAAGAAGAAAAGUGUUGUUAUUUUUGCAAUGGCGGCUAACCUUUAAUGGCGCGAAGAAAGAGACACAAGAGAAGACUGACGGACUAUAAGAUCAUAUUUAUCAUAUUAAUAACCUCUAUAAGAUCAUAUUCAUCAUAUUAAUCAUGUUACUAACCUUUAAUGGCGUGAAGAAAGCGAGAGAAGAGAAGACUGACGGACUAUAAGAUCAUAUUGAUAAUAUUACUAACCUUUGCUGGCGUGAAGAAAGCGAGAGAAGAGAAGACUGACGGACUAUAAGAUCAUAUUAAUAAUAAUAAUCUUGUUCAUGUAAAGAUAAUAAUAAUAAUAAUAAUCUUGUUGGUCGUCAUGCCGCUGGGUCUGAAGCCGAGCUGCUCGCAGUGCAAGAGCAACUCUUCGUCCAUGUGGAAGAAAGGCAGCCAGGGCGACAUCUUGUGCAACAACUGCGCGGUGAAGAGCAGCUUGGUGGCCGCAGGAACUUCCUUCUCCUCCGCGGCCUCCGCUGGAGCCUCCAGUGGCUCCGCGGGCAGCCCCGCCGGGAAGCAGUGCAAACAGGAGAUCCACAGGAGGUCAGCUCGUCUGAGGAGCACCAAGUACAAAACUCCUGCGUCUGACAAGAAAGUUUCCACCAAAGGCAAAGGGAGAAGACACAUUUUUAAAUUGAAGAAUCCAAUCAAAGCUCCAGAAUCUGUAGCAACCAUCAUCACUGCAGAGUCUGUCUUCCAUAAGGGUGUGUUCUACCAGAUCGGGGACGUGAUCAAGGUGAUCGACGAGGAGGAUGGCAAGUCGUACUUUGCUCAGAUCCGAGGUUUUGUCCAGGACCAGUACUGCCAGAAGAGUGCUGCUCUCACCUGGCUGCUGCCCACUCAGGCCAGUCCUCAAGACCACUUUGAUGCUGGGACCUACAUCCUGGGUCCAGAAGAAGACCUGCCCAGGAAGAUGGAGUACCUGGAGUUUGUAUGCCACGCCCCCUCAGAGUACUUCCGGUCCCGCAGCUCACCUUUCCCUACACUGGCCUGCAGGGCGGAGAGAGGCUACAUCUGGACUCACAUCACACCCUCACCUGUCAGCACACCUGUGCUGGCCCUCAAGGAGGCUGUGGGCGGGGCCAGCUAGCGUUAGCGCCUGCUAGCUGACAUGGACCUUUUGUACAGUCCUGGUCCUGGUCCUGGUCCUGGUCUCACCUUCAUGGCUCCAGCCAGACCCAGUCAAAGACCAGUGUUUUUGACAAAUACAUCAUGUCAAUGUUUUGUUUACAAGUAAACAAAUACGUUUGUAAAAUAA